AUGUUGUUCCUCAGCUUUGCUCUUCUCUGUCUCACUCAAUCAUUGUUGGCUGUCGACUUGUCUAUCUACAAAAGUUUUACUGAAGUUCGUCUGGCUCACAGUGGAAUCGGUGAUUAUGCCUAUGAAUUUGCAAAUGCUGAAUAUGACAGUAUAAUUGAUGGAUCAAUCAGUUGGGAAGGUACGCCAUUUGCUCGACAAGAAGUCUACAAUACAAUUGAAUCACUUCAAGAUGCAAAAGUAACAGUACGACGAUCUACAGUGUGCAAAUGUGAAACAAUUGAAGCUAAAAUUAUCGAUCCCAAUUCGAUGUUACUCCAAAAUUUGAAUACAGGAGCACAUUUUUAUGCUGAUAAAGAUUCGAUUGAAUAUACAUCGACAAGACCGAAUAAUGGUGGAAAAGCAUUGAUCCUUCAAUUCAACAAUGAAAAAACACAAUAUACUGGAACAUUGUCAUAUUUAAUGACAGGAAUUACAUGGAAACCUAGUUAUGAUCUACUUUUGACAGGCAACAAUGAAUGUCAACUUCGUUCCUAUGCAAAUAUCAAGAAUGAUCAACAACGAGAAUAUAUAGUAGACAAUACAAAUCUCUUAGGUGGUGAUGUGCAAUUAGCUACAACCAGUAAUGUAGAGUCUCUUCAUGGAUUUGAUGCUAGCAGAGCGUCUGUAAACAUGAAACCAAUUCAAAUGAUUGGUGAACAACAAGGUGUAUAUUCUUAUUCAUUGAAAGACAAAUAUACACUUCGUCCAUUGAGUUCUGUUCGUUUACCAUUCAUUGAUAUUGUUGCCAAAUAUCGAUUCUAUUACAAAGCAUUGACAAAUAUUGUCUCUGGAAACUAUCAAGGUGUUUUUCAAAGAAUGUAUGAUUUAACACCUGAUCAUUUCAUGCCAGCUGGUAUUAUUACUAUUCACGAAAAUCAAGUACUUGUUGGUCAAUCGAAUUUACCCGAUGUACCAAAAAAUUAUACACAAACAAUUGGCGUUGGUCAAGAUAAUGAUAUUCGCUAUUUGGUAAAAGGUAAUUUGACAUCAAAGACUGAUGCCAAUGCAACGAUACAAUUGGAAACUUAUGAAUUUGAUGUUCAAGUUAUGAAUCUUAAAGACAAAAAUGUUGAAGUUGAACUUGUUAUCCAAGGUGGUGUUCAAAUGAUUCUUGAUAAUACAACAUGCAAGUCGGCUAAAGUUAACGGAAAUCAAUUGAAUUUGCCAAGUCAUCUUGAAAAGGGUGAAAGUCGCAUGUGCAAAAUUAAUAUUACAGUCAGAUUGACACAAAUGAAUCAGUGA